ACCUUUUUUAUUAUUUUACAAAUGCUUAAAAAAUACAUAUAACAAUACAUAUGACCUUAUCAGUGUGCGUUAAUGUUUUAGUAAUGGAAACUCAAAGUUCAUUUCUAAUACGAGCUUUUAGCGUAACGAUUGACUAACAUAACAGAAAUUUAGGGUAGAAGCUUCAGUCCUAUGUAAUGUGUAUAAGGAUAAGAACAUGAACAUCUUAACGUCUAGAUAUUAAAUCAACAAUAAGUACACGUGCAAUUAAAAUGUACAACACGCUAGGCUAGGUAGUGACGUGGGCGCAGGCGCAGGCUGUUCAAGAACCGUGAAGGCCGUGUGACGAGCGGCGCGGGCGCACGUCACUACACACACACGCACAGCCUACCUCCCGCCCCCGCGCCGCAUCCCUCACCCCGCCGGCUGCCUACCUGGCAAAGUUCACUCACAUACGAGUACCUGUAGCAUAGCAGAGUCGACCGCGUGCCGAUACUUCCUUGCAUUAACACCGCCAUUGUUAAAAUGAUAUCUGUCAUACUCAGAUGAUUUGUGUAUUUAAUUGGUGUACUGUACUAAUAUAGUAAAAUGCCGUACAUCAUGAUAAUGGGCAGCCUCAGUGCUCAACAUCUAUCGAAAGAUGAAGGUGCAACUGUAUACGGAUUAAAAAGCGAUGAACGAGCGACUUUAGUUCGGGAAUUGAACUCGUCCUUCGGUAUGGCGAUAGCGACAUCAUCAGACUUGGAGCGAACAGUCCGUGUGACCCAGAAGGGGCUGACGCUAAUGGUGGUGAACCGCCUCCAUGGUCUGUUCGGGUACGACGUGGUCUCCCACGCUAUGGCUAUGACGAAUGCCAAUCGGGAACUCAUAUCGUUCACCAUGUAUAAGAAGUCGAGCCCCAACUCACACGGCCACGGCCACGGUCACUCCUCGCACAAGCAGCACUCCCAUAGCAGUGUUGUGACACUCUAAUCUUGUAUGUUGCUAUCUCUUUCUCACUUAUGACAAAAAAGAGACUGCGAUAUUACAGGUGUCACUGCAGUUGAAUACAGUAUGAUCUGUUAAUGUUAUUACGAAUAUUUUAUAGAAAUUGAAACUUUAAGUUUCAAGUAAUAAAGCGUUUAUAUAAAAACAUAUCGUAUAUAAAGAGCAGGUUUAGUGCAGUGAAAACGCCCGGUUAUUUAGUACACUUAUAGCUGAAUUAGCAUUAAAUGUCAUCUUGAAAAUUUAAAUUAAAUCUCACUGUAAAAGAUUUAAGGCUUCAUAUUAUUAAUUGCUUUAUAUUAAGUUAUGUAUUUUGGUAUUAGAAAUUUCGAAUGUGAAAAUUUUACUUAAAUAAAUGCAUUUUUAGUGAUAUAAAACAGGGUUAACAAAUGAAACAUAUCAUAAAUUGUAUCGGAAUUGUUUUGUAAUACAAUAAAAAGUGCGUUAAUAAAAACUAAUAAUCGAUUUUA